GGACCCGAUCAACACCGGGGUCCCCAGGGAGCGGCCCUGGGAGGGGCGGGGCGCCCGCUGUCCCUCACGUUGGCUUUCAGUCUCUCGAGUUUCAGCUUCGGGUUCUCCGGCGCGUGCCUUUCCUUGCUGCGGGACAAAGCGACCGGGUGGCAGAGGCGGGGUCAGGAGAGGGACCCCCCGCUGAGCUCCUGACUCCAGCUGGGAAGGCGUCCCGCCCACUGCCCAGAUACCACCCCUCCCCGCAGCGCAGGGAAAGCCCCCGCGGCUCCUCCCACCCCAGGGGCUUUUCUCCAGUCGCCAGUGACUUUGCUUCGGGAGCGCAGCCGCCUGGCGCCGCUUUCCGCCGGGUCGGAACGCGCGGGGCCCCUGGCUUUUCUGCGAACGCUAGGCGCCAGAAUCGGUGACUUCGGGGCGAGUCCCGAGUCCGGGUCCCCUAACCCGAACCCCAGCCCCCGGCCCGCGCCUAGGCCUCCAGCAUGGUGCUGCUGGCUGGGCCCGGGCCGGAGGGCGGCGGGACACGCUGCUUGUCGUCUCCGCAGUCGCCGACGCCACCCCGGGACGCGCAGACAGGGGACGACCCAGGGGACUACGAGGAAUACGAGGACUUCUCGAGUCUGCCUGACUCCCGCAGCAUAGCAUCAGACGAUUCCUUCUAUCCUCCCGGAGGGGAGGAGGAGUGCGGCGCGGCGAGUGCGGAGUGCGUCCCGGAGGGCGUCCCCGAGGCGGCGACCCUCCUGCGUGCUGCCUGCAUCAACGACGUGGGGCUGCUGCGGGCGCUAGUGCAGCGCGGGCUGAGUUCCGAGGAGGUACAAGAGACUGACCGCAACGGCCGGACUGGCCUCAUUGUUGCCUGCUACCACGGCUUUGUGGAUACUGUGGUGGCAUUAGCAGAGUGCCCCCACGUUGAUGUCAACUGGCAGGACAGCGAAGGGAACACGGCCCUCAUCACUGCUGCGCAGGCAGGGCAUGCCACCAUCACCAACUACUUGCUCAAUUAUUUCCCUGGCCUGGACCUAGAAAGGAGGAACAUCUUCGGCUUCACUGCCCUCAUGAAAGCUGCCAUGCAGGGUAGAACGGAAUGUGUGCGAGCUCUGAUGCUGGCAGGGGCAGAUGUUCAAGCGAGGGAUCCCCACCGUGGGAUGUCACCACAGGAGUGGGCUGCAUAUACUGGCCGAGUGGAGGCUGUUCGUGUCAUGCAGAGGCUGAUGGAGCGACCCUGCCCAGAACAGUUUGGGGAAAAGUACAAGCUGGAAUUGCCGCUUUCGGCUGAGAUGCUCUUGAAACCGGCAGGCUCCAAAAACUGCUUUCAGAGAUUCACCGAGUUCCUGCGGACCACUCUGACCUCCCGCUCAGGCCAGAGCCUGGAGGAUGGAGGUGUCCUUGAUCACAUGGUUACCAUGACCACAAGCCUCUAUAGCCCUGCUGUUGCUGUUGUCUGCCAGACUGUGUGCCCGGAGAACCCUCCCUGUGUGGGGAAACGACGCCUAGCAGUGCAGGAAAUCCUAGCAGCUAGGAGGAACCGGGACACCGAUGCUCAGGAUAGCAACAAGGUAGAGGGCUCUGAGACGCAAUUCCAGACUUUGGAGACCCCCAGAGCCAGCCCCUGGUCGUCCCAGUCCUCUGGGGCACCAGGAUCCACCCCUGCCCCUGUCUCUCGGAAGGCCAGCCUCCUACCCUUGCAGUUGCUGCGGAGGAGCAGCGUGCGGCCAGGCGUGGUGGUCCCCAGAGUGCGCAUCAGUAAGGCCCCUGCGCCCACCUUCCAGCCCGAGCGCGCAGCUCCCAAGAGCAACACCAAGGACAGCAUAUACCUGCAGAUCCCCAAGUGGCGGUACAAGGAGGCCAAGGAGGAGAAGAGGAAGGCGGAGGAGGCAGAAAAGAAACGCCAGGCAGAGGUUCAGAAGGAAAAGCGGGCGUCGCGCUGGAGGAAAAGGACGUGAAGGGGCUGUGAUGCCCAACACGUGUGUGCCUGGUGUGGGGAGCCAGUGCAGGGAUCCAGUUGGGAGGCUGCGGGUGGUGUAGACAGCACCACAGAGAGGGGUGCCCCUUUCUGCCAUGGGGUGCAUCCUGCAUCACACAGCCUCUGGGCCGUUCUCCUUUCCUAGACCCAGGAAGGGGAGGGCACAUUGCUCCCAAGGCAGAAUUGAAAAGAGUACGGAUGGUUUCGCUUAAGACUAGUUCCCUGUGCAAUCUAUAUACCGAAAGGGCAGUUUACCUAGAAGUCACCCCUUAGAGGACCCCAACUAAGAAUUAAAAAAACUAAUUUAUCAAAGGGCAUUUUCACAUACUUUUGUAUUUUGUUAUUUAUGAAAAAUUGCAGCAUUUUACAAGUGACAGGCUCUUUGUAAUUAAGGCAGUUUUAAUACUUGUGUUUGGAGACCCUUUGUUUAAAAUGCUGUCUCUAGCAAUAAAUACUUGUAAUGACUGUGAAUUACACGGAACUUGUGGAAUUCUCCCCAUUUGCCAUUUGGUUCUGGCUUUGGCCUUCUUGUGUCCCAUGGACAUACCUGCUCACUGGCUUUUCCUAUUAACUUGAGUGAUGCCAAAUUCCUGUUUCUACUUGAUGAAGGCACUGACUUCUAUUCAAAGUGAUCAAGUGAGAUGAAGUCUUACUUCCUUUGUUUCAAUUUUUUAAACUCUUUUGUUCCUGUCAUCAUCAUCAUCUUCUUCAUCUUCAUCACUCAUAACAUUGAAAGUGAUUAUGGCAUAUUGUAGAAUUUAAAGCAAGGGGCUUGUGCUAUUUGAGGAAAACAAUUAUUUAAUGUGGGAAGAUUUAACAAGUGAGUAAUAGAAACAAAGUCGUGAGUGCUCAGACAAGUGAAUGUGGAUACCCUUAAAAGAUGUCAAAGAUGCAGCGGGUAGGGAUGCUGCAGACUUUGAAGGGCAGACGGGUGACUUUUCAAGCAGGUGGUACGCCUGGAUACUGAGCAGUUUCGGAAGGUUUUCUUGGGGUGGACUGCACUCUUGUGGUGGUCCUGUCCUCCAAAGAGUCCCUUCUGUGUUUUGACUGACGGUUCCACUUUGAUGGGCCCCAGUGUUUGGUUUAUUCCCCCACCAACUUUGUAGACCUUCCAAUGUGUGGGACUUUGGUAGGAAUGGGAUUUGUCUUGAAAGUUUUGCCUGUAUAUCUUUCUUUCUUUUAUCUCCAAAGCACUGAAAAAAUCCCAACUGGGUCUUGAGUAUCUGCUACACAUGCACUUUAUUUGAACAUUUAAUAUAAUAUUUGGAAGCUAUAGAUUCAGAAUACUACAGACUUGGAAGCCCUUCGCUGAGGUCUAUCUCACACUGUGGGCAGGGUGGGGUGGGGGAGACUGGCUUAUUCUUAUUCCUUCCUAUUUGGUACCAUUAGGCAUUGAACAAUAGGAGUUCUCCCUAACCUUUCCCAAAACUCCAUAAAAUAGUAGUGUAGGUUGCUCCCAGGUGAUGUCACCAUUCAGUGUUCAAAAAUCACAUUUUAGUAAGUUUCUAAGGUACCAAGCUGAAUGGGGGGAGGCGUCUGGACCCUCCUAUACAACUAUUGAUCUUAUUUGGCUGGGUUCAUCCUUGUGACCUAGGACUUGAUUGACUACAUCUCCUUGGGGGCUGUGAGGACUGCAACCAACCUCAGUGAUCUUUUGGGACCAUCUUUUCUGACUCUGUUGGCACUGUGGAUCUUCCCGACAUGAAUAUGUAAUAAUCACCCAGCUCAUCACAGACCCUGCCGCUGUUAGCUACACUGCUUACAAUCCACUUUCCUCGUGCUGGUUGUCCACAGAUACAACACAGUUUUAACCCACUUCCCUGCCACAGAGGGGAAUUGUACCCCAGUGCUGCGGGGAGCACCAAGGCAACCACUGCUGUAGAACUGGGACUGUGGCUUCUCAGCAGAGACUGUAGGAAGCCCCACUUCUUUCAGGGGGCUUUUCCUGGAUUAUCCAGCUUAAGCUCCCAUAACAGGCUCCAUUUCUGCAGGUUGUCUGGUUUCAGGCAGCUCCGACAUGGAAUGACUUAGUGUCUGGUAUUUGUGCACUGGCAAGUCGCCCAUCCUGUUUACACUGUGUUAGGGUCACAUUAGCAAUGGUACAUAACCCUCUGAAGCCUGGGUCCCUGCUGCUGACCAAUCAGAGAUGCCCAUUUUUGGUCCCUCCCAUCCACUUACCUUUUCAUGAUUCAUUUUCAGACCCAUCCCACACAAGCAUGGACUGUGCUUGGUGUUGCAGUAAGGAGUCAGAGGCUGCUUUUGCUUCCCAAGCGUUUGGAAGAGGAACUCCCCCCUUAAAUGUGCCAGCCCUGACCAGGCAUCGGAUGAUGUCACUCCUCUUAGCUCUAAGAAGCUUUGGCAACAUGUGUUAUUUUAAAAGGCUUCUAAACCCUCAAUCCUGGGUCAGUCCAGGGACUUUUUUUUUCAGAUCUUGAUGUGAAUUUUUUUUUUUGUCCAUUUUUUUUGAGACAGUGUUUCUCUGUAUUGCUUUGGAGCCUGUCCUGGAACUUACUCUGUAGACCAGGCUGGUCUCGAACUUACAGAGAUCCUCCUGCGCCUGCCUCCCGAGUGCUGGGAUUAAAGGUGUGCACCACCAACACCUGUUGUUGUGAACUCUUUCCUUGUUCUGUGGAACUGCCUUUGUCUGAUGAGCCUUGCACUAAGAAGGUCGAGGUCAAUGAGAGACGUGUGGAAGUCUGGGGAAGCCCCUCUUCCUGGUGAGCUUUAGUUUGUUUACCAGGGAGAAAAACUGAGUUGUGAAACUCAGGGGACCCAAGGGAAGGACAGGCCAGUGCAUCCUGGGCUGUAGAGUCUUCUCAGUGUCUCUCCAGUAGUGCGUCUGAGCUUGUCCUGUGGGAGGCCUUCUCUUCAGUGGAGGGACCACGCCUUCAGGGACUUCCCUGUCAAGGAAAAUGUUGCCCAGCCUCUUCCUCAUUCUAGGGUUGGGGUGGCUGUCACUCUUGUAUUCUCUCUCUCGAGUGGGGCAUCGGAAAGGAAGCAGGUGUCCUGCUCAGAGUGCAUGCUGGGAGGAGCAUGGGGACAAACACUUGUGAGCAGAGCCCUCCUACCCAUGCUUGCCUGGGCCUUCGGGGCCACCUGGGAGUGAAGAGGGUGAGGGGAGGUGGAGGGAGGUGCGGGGCUCACUCCUGGUUGAGAAGGAAGAAGCUGUCUCAGGCCGCUGGUAUUCUGUGGGGGCAACUGAAGGAGGGUGUCCGUUCUUAAACCAUAUUGUUAGCUUUAUCUUCUUUUAGUUGAGGGGUUCACUAGAGAUUUCAUCAGUCUUCAAGUUCCCCUAGUGCCCUUGACAUCUAGAAGCAUUCUUUUUUGUUUGUUUGUUUUGUUUUUCGAGACAGAGUUUCUUUGUGUAACCCUGGCUGUCCUGGAACUCGGUUUGUAGACCAGGCUGGCCUUGAACUCACAGGUAUCCACCUACCUCUGCCUCCUGAGUGCUGAAAUUAAAGGCGUGCGCCACCACCGCCCGGCUCUAGCAGCAUUCUUUAGGAAUAGUUUUUGUUUUGUUGUUUGAACAGUUGCUAUCUACUCACAGACAAUCUCCCUGUACCCCAUGUUAUUCAUAGAGGGAGUCUGGCACAUAACCCAGCGAGAAUCCAUAUACUUUAGCAUCGUGCCAUCCCCUGACAUUCUUCGUGUGACCUCUUCCUCCAUCACCCUUUCUUCUGCUUGCUUCUUUCCCCGUCUGAUUGAACUCCCUGCUCAUGUGGCACCAGGUGCCAGGUGCCUUGAGGUCUAAGAAGGCAGGAAAACAACGGCUCUUGAGAAGCCUUUGUUUUUCCCACUGCAUUACCAGGCAGAGACCUCUAGAUCCCCAGGAGUGGAUGGAGGGCAGGGCCGUGGCUUCAGGACAUCAUCUCUGCCUUCUGCUUUUGGAAGGGAGGCCUGGUCCUCUCUCCUGACUUAGGAGAGCAGAAGAGCAGGCCCUCAUGUCUAUUAACUGUAAAUAGUGAAUUCCAAGCGGACAGGUGUCUUCUCAGGGAUUUAUACAUAAAUAUAGUUAGGGGAAAAGUUGAAGUGUAUUUUAAAUCUCUUUGAUGUUGAAGUCAAUUAGGACUUAACUGGACAGAAGUAUUUCCAGGAUAGUAUCAAAGCUGCAGGUUCUUUCUUUCUUUCUUUCUUUCUUUCUUUCUUUCUUUCUUUCUUUCUUUCUUUCUUUCUUUCUUUCUUUUCUGAGACAGGGUUUCUCUGUACUGGUUUGGAGGCUGUCCUGGAACUCGCUCUGUAGACCAGGCUGGCCUCGAACUCACAGAGAUCCGCCUGCCUCUGCCUCCCGAGUGCUGGGAUUAAAGGCAUGCGCCACCAACACCUGGCAAAGCUGCUGUUUCUAAGUGAGCUCUUGGGACUUGUCUCUCUGGAGAUUUUUGGGGACCAGGGCAGGGGGAAUGGCUGUGCAUAUGAAACCACAGCUGUGUCUCUCAGCUACUGCUUCUGGGUGUGGUCCUCGUGUUAACAGUUGGUUCUAGAUAGGCAGAGGUGACUGAUGCCACACCCUGGUCUUCUCUCCACAGUCAUUCCACAGAGCUCGUAGGGGAGGGUGAGGGAAACUGCACAUUUGGUCCCCAUGGCCUCCAUGGGCAGGAGGGACUUCGCAACUUCUUCAGCUUCUUCCAGGGACUUCACAACUUCUUCAGCCCCUUCCAGGCUCUUGGGCCACAGCUGAUCCUUAGAGAAAAGUCAGAAUGAUGAUGCAUUUCCAUCUCAGCUGUGGAUUCCCCUGACUACACAUCAGGAUGGGGAGGAUUCAUGGGGUGAGCCAGAAAGUGGGCUUUAGCGACUCAGAGAGGGUGUGCCCAGAGGCCUGUGCCCAUUCCUUCCCAGCUGGGACCAGGUUUCUAGAGUGGAGGUAAGGCUGUUAUAGAUAAGAUAGAGGCUUGUGCGGAGCGGGGCUGCUCCCGUCCCCAGGAGUCUGGAAGCAUCACCAGUUAUUCCCUAUGCUGCUGAGUGAUGGUGUCUCACUGCAAACUCCCUCUUCUUGUACAGUGAGGCCUUUUCUCUUCGUGUUUGGGAAGUUCCAGAAGGGUCCCCAUGAGUUCUCUAGUGCUGGAUUUGGUUUGUGCUGCUAGCCCUGCGCCCCUUCAAGCUGGGCAACAAUGUGGAGGGUUAUGGUUUCUAGAGAGUGAAGGAGGGAACCCUGACCAUGAUGGAUCCUGAAGAAACAACAAAGUCACAUUUAUCACAGGGAUGACUGGGCCUCUCAAAGUGACGGUAGCAUUAGCCACCAAGAAUGAAAAGUUGUUCAUGAUCACCCAUUGCCAGCUCUUUACAUCUAUGUGACUCGGGUCAGCCAUUUGUUCCCUUGUCCCUGAAUUCCCAGCUUAUUCCUUAACGUUUUAAAUAAGUGACUGAAGUUCCUCUGGAGGCUUUAUUUAAUUUAGGACUACCAUUUAAAGACUCAGCCAUGCUGUCGGGAUGCUGCCUGCCUUGGUCUGGCUGGUUUUCAGGUGUUGCUGUUGGAUGCCAUGGGCCACACAUGCAGUUUUCCAGCCCUUUCCCCUGCCCUGAAGUGAGAUGACAAUGAAAGGUGAAGCCCCUGUUGUGCAUUGGUAACCCUCAGCAGCAGCUUACAUUAGCAGGGACCGUGCGUGCUGUCCACUCAAAUACGCCAACCAAAGGGCCAGAGCUCUGCUUGUACUAGCUACAGCAGCUCACAGUGGCCCCCAGGGAGUGUCUGUGACCUGUUUUGAAGUGUGUACUCAGGCAGAUUGCAAGGCCUGGAGGUCUACCUGGAGUCCCCAAACAAUGUGAGACCUGACAUGGCUGAAGUUUGCAUACCCUAGGCUGUCCUAAUAGAAGAUGGUGCUGACUGAGAGCAAACAACGUAGCUGCCUCUGGUCCAGCUCUGGCUUUGAUGUGGGUCAGUUGUAUGAGGGACCCAGACCCAAGAGGACCCCCUGGAGAGCUCCCAGAGCUGCCCUCCUGCUUGGGGGGAGUAUGUUCUGUGGGACUUGACACAGACGAACACCCUAGAAGAGCGUGUUACUCGGGGGCAGCGUUAGGAUUUCCCAGUCUGCCUUGGUAUUAGAUCGGCUGACCAGUGCUGGUGUUGAAAACAUUGUCUUCGCUGUGAUGUGACUUCCGUCAUUUUAAAAGAAGAUGCAGAUGAGUGAGAACUGAAGCUAGCCAUCCGAGGUGGAGCAGUAGGCUCUGUUGACCUGACCCUUUGUAGAUUUGAGGAGUAGUGAUCAGGCGCCCAACUCACACCAGUCAGAAAGCUCUGGAAAUUGGUUCACAAUGGUGAACAGUGAGUACACUUGAUGGAGAGUGUGAGUGGGCACUGUGUGUCUAGAAGUUAUACCACUGUCCUCUCCACCCACAGCCUGGGGCCUGCUAUGGAGUUAGAACCCAGUAUUCCAUUCAAGUGAUGACAAAGUCUACUAUGACUGGAACUUCCUUGGUCCAAAUGAUAGUUCCAAAAGGCAAACAAGAAAAGACCUGUGCCUAGAAUUUGCCGGGUGUGUGAGACUCUGUGUUUUCCACCUCGGAGACUGACAGAUGAGGAAUAGAGCAGACUUCUGCAUUGCCAGAGUUUGGUUUCUGCCUUCCUGGUUUGGGCUGUUUUCUGAACGUGAAGUGAUUUCCUUCAUCAUUUUUAAAACUCCCCUUAGUUUCUGGAUGCUGUAAAGAUGUUGAAUAUGGAUAUAACUGUAAAUUACAGAGUGUUUUAUUUUGAGAUGAGAAUUUUACUAUAGUUUAUAUAGGAUAUUUUCCUAUUUAGACCUCAGGGCUACCUUGGGACCCACUAACAAGUGUGACUACCCCACCCCCAGUAUAAAGUUAUGUAACCUCUAAGUUAAAUGUGAUAUUAUUUAGUAGAAAGAAUGUUUCUCUCUUUUAACUUCUGGAAAAUUCUGUUUUAAAAGUAUAGAAACAAAGGACACUAGAAAAAAAUAAAAUGAUGGUAAAAGAAUCGAUCACAUGUAAAAUAAACAUUCUCAUGGUAUAAAAUUGUGAUAUUUGAAUAAAUUUAUGUGCAUAAAUUAUUUAAAAAUA